AGACGACGUCGUUAUGCGUUUCGUUCUCAAAAAUGUCAAAAGGCGAUUGAACAAUCACUCAUCGGGGUAAGCUCCUCCAAUGGCUGCCACUACUUCCUCCAUGCUGCUUCGGAAUAUCGCGACGGUGGGUAGAGCUGCUCCGCUUGUGCGAGCAUCGUCGAGAAUCUUCUCCGCCGGAAAAUUCGUUGGGUUUAUUCCUCGUAUUCGUUCCGGGAGAUCCAUGUGUUCUGCUCGUGUCACACACAACGAAGAGGCGGCGGCGAAGGAAGCCGCGGCUUUUGCAGAUACCGGAGCUCCGACCAUAUUUGACAAGAUCAUAGCAAAGGAGAUUCCUUCUUCCAUUGUCUACGAAGAUGAAAACGUUUUGGCAUUCAGAGACAUUAACCCACAAGCUCCUGUUCAUGUUUUGGUCAUCCCGAAGGUCCGAGACGGAUUGACAACACUUGGGAAGGCUGAACCAAGACACGCAGAGAUUCUAGGCCAGCUUCUUCACGCAGCCAAGAUUGUAGCCGAGAAAGAAGGUAUCCUCGAUGGCUUUCGUGUUGUCAUCAACAAUGGUACUGAAGCCUGUCAAUCUGUUUUCCAUCUUCAUCUGCAUGUCCUCGGCGGUCGCCAGAUGAAAUGGCCACCCGGUUAAGGUGAAACAUCUCCAAUUCAUUCGGCCCCAAGGGAGUUGAACUCUACAAGUAAGUUUACGCCUUUAGCAGAUCAAAUCGUUCUAAUGAUUGUUUCAGUUCUGUUUCUCAGUUUAGCUCAUGUCUGUGACUGUGUCCGCAACCAUGUGUAUCGAGUUGUGAGUUCUUGAGAGAUAAACACGAUUACUUUCAUAUAUAAAAUGUUGCAAAGGUUGUUUCUCA